AUGGAGAUCCUGGACGAGAUGGACCAAAGCCACAAGAAGGAGAUGCAAUUGUACAACAGCAUCUUUGGCCUGCUGAGCUUCGAGAAGAUCGGUUACACAGAAGUCCAGUUUCGACCCUACAGAACAGAUGACUUCAUUACCCGUCUGUACUACGAGACACCACGCUUCACAGUUCUCAACCAGACCUGGGUUCUGAAGGCUCGCGUCAACGAUUCAGAAAGGAACCCCAACUUGUCUUGCAAGAGAACCCUCUCCUUCCAACUCAUCCUAAAAAGCAAGGUCAAUUCUCCUAUGGAAUGCUCCUUUCUGCUGCUCAAAGGUCCCUACGACGAUGUCAAAAUUCACCCAGUCAUCUACCACUUUGUCUUCACCAACGAGAAUAAUGAGACUGAGUACGUGCCCCUACCCAUCAUAGACUCUGUGGAAUGUAACAAACUUCUGGCUGCAAAGAACAUCAAUCUACGACUCUUUAUAUUCCAGAUUCAGAAGUGA